AUGGGAAUAGUUCUUAAUUGGUUUCAGGCACACCAAAAUUGGCAAGACUUUAUCUGGACAAUGAUAAAAACGACAUCUACUAAAAAAUCUGAAUAUACAAUUGAAUUUAGAGAUUUCUUGGACAAAACCCAAUAUACAGACACCGGCAUCUUCGCAUACGAAUGGAUUUUCGGGAAGAAUUUCAUCUCUCCUGGAGGAUGGAAUCAAAAUCUGGCUAUCCUAAAGCGAUUCGGAGUGAUGACAACUGGGCAAAAAAUGUUGGAUAUUGGCGUUGGAAUCGGUGGUGGAGCAAGGCAGGCUGCGACUGAGUUCGGACUUCAUGUAAUGGGAGUAGAUCUGUCUUCAAAUAUGCUCUCUAUCGCUUUGGAUAGAGUGCACAGGGACAAGGACUCACGUGUCAUCUAUGCAAUCUGUAACGCCACUGAGUAUGAUUUCGACCCAAACUCGUUUGAUUACGUCUUUUCCCGUGACUGCAUCCAACACAUAGAAGACACUAAGAAGCUGUUCUCAGUUAUUUAUCGCACUUUGAAACCCGGAGGAAAAGUUCUAAUAACUAUGUACGGCGUCGGAUAUGGUGCACUUAGCGUGGCCUUCAAGCAGUAUGUCGCCAAUAGACGGUACUAUAUGAAGAAUCGUGAUCAAAUUAGAGCGAUAGCAACGGACGUCGGCUUUACAAAUAUUGUCGUCGAAAACAUCACCGAUAGAUUAAAGGAGACCGUGAUGGAGGAAAAGCAGCGAGUUGAAGAGAACAAAGAAGAUUUUAUAAUGUUUUCGCAAGCGGAAUACGAGGCGUUAGUGAGUGGUUGGAACGAGAAACUGCAGUUCAUUGCUGAUGAUAACCACAACUGGAACCUGUUCAUGGCCGCCAAACCCCAGUAA